AUGGCGAAGAUUAGCGGUGGUAGUAGUGCUGCUGUACCACCAACAACCAGCCUCGCCGCGGUCGUCGUCCUCGUCCUACUCGCCGGCGCCGCCGCGUCCGUCGGUGCUCAGGCCGCUGGCGCUGACGACGCCGCGGCGGACGAGGAGGCCCGGUCUAUUGCUGCGUUGUCGAAGGGCAAAGUUGUAUUGAAGGUGACUGAGUUUAUCAAGACCAUCGUCGAGGAGAUUUACAAGAAGAGCAAAGAAGAUAAAGAAGAGCGCAGCGCCGCCGCCGGCGGCGGCGGUGUUGGCGGCAAGGGCCGGGUGGGCCCGAGCGGCGCUGUCAGCGUCGUCAGCGCCGGGAGCAGGGACUUCUCCGCCCUUGUGGUCGACGUCACCAGCGACGUCACUUGGACCAGCCAGUGCGGCGGUGGCCAGCGGCGGGUGCAGUGCGGCGACCCGCUGUGCAAGCAGUACGCCGGCGGGCGGCGGCCGAGCUGCGGCGGCGGAGGCGCGGCGCAGGCUUGCAGCGCAGGUAAGGACGCCCUCCUGCAGGGGAACGUGUCCCUGUCCACGUCCGGCUCCGGCGGCAAGCGGGUCUUCUCCGGGGAGGACACGGUGUACGCGUGCAGGCCCGGUGGGGGCUACGGCGACGGCAACUACGCCAUCGUCGGCCUCGGCAGGGGGAGCGUCUUCGCCAACUCGUCAAAGACGUUCUCCUACCUCGUCGACGCCAAUCGCCGGAGCUUCGUCUGGCUCGGCGACGGCGCGGUGGCGCCAGCGACGGGAGGUGGUCGGAAGAGCACGACCCAGCUCAUCUCCGUCGUCGACUCGGCGGACAUGGAUCCUAGCUUCUACUACGUCAACAUCACCGGCAUUAAGGUCGGCGACGGCCGUGUCAGCGGGAAGAACGCCGCCACCACGGCGAUCUUGACCACCACCAUGCCUUUCACCUUCCUCAACCCGGCACUCUUCGACCACCUCAAGCAGGAGCUUCACACAACAGCUGCCGCGGCGAUGAGCGGCGGCUCCGACUUCGACGCGAGCUUACAGCAACAGUGUUACCCGAAAGAAACGAAGCUCCCGGAGCUCACUCUGCUCCUCGCCGGCAAGGACGCCGCCAUGGCGCUGGAGCCAGAGCACUACUCGUACAAGAAGAGCCACGGGGUGGUGUGCCUCUCCAUCCUGCGCUCGCCGCUGGCCGGCGGGGUGUCCGUCGUCGGCAGCAUGCUGCAGGCCGGCAGGCGGAUGACCUAUAACCUCGACGACGACACUCUCACCUUCGACUCGCUGUCGCAGGCGAAGGCGGCGUCAUCGGCGCCAUCACCGCCGUCGUCAUCGCUGUCACGGUAUUCGUCCCAUGCCGCGGUGACGCCUGCCUUCCCGGUGUCUUCCGCUUGGUUGUCGCUGCUGCUCGCCAUGAUGACGAUGGGGAUGAUGUGA